GGCUGAUUGGCUGCGCCGCUGGCGGGGGCGUGGCGGCCAUUUGGCGGGCCGCGCCGCGGGGAUGGCGGCGGUCGUUACCACAGGCCUGGGGCCUACGUCCUGCCGCCUCUGCGGCUGGCGGGAGCGGGCCUGAGGCGGGCGCUGGGUCCCGAGCCCUAGGCUGUGGGGCUGGCCCCACCCCCGGUGCCGCGGAGAGAGGCGCCGGCAGCGCUGCGCCAGCCGCAGUUGCGGCGAGAGGCUCCUGCUGCCGCUCAGGCCCGGGCCGCAGAGCCGCAGCCUGGCGGCGUUUUUACUUCAGCUCUGCGUCUUCCUGCUGCACGAAACCUGAGGAGGAGGAGGAGGUGGCUGCGCAGGUACUGACGUUGUAUUAGCCUUGUUCCUCUACUUUGAGUCAACAUGGCGAAGAAAUCGGAGGCUCCACUUUCCUUAGCUGACUGUCUAUGCCAAAUUUGCAUGGAGAUCUUUGUGGAGCCUGUGACGCUGCCAUGCAAUCAUACCCUUUGUAAUUCUUGUUUCCAACUGACAGUUGAAAAGGCCAGUCUUUGUUGCCCUUUCUGUCGUCGUCGAGUCUCUUCUUGGGCAAGAUAUAAUGCCCGCAGAAAUACUUUAAUCAACUGGGAACUCUGGGAAAGGAUUCAGAAGAAUUACCCAAAGGAGUGUGAGCGCAGAAUUAAUGGACAGGAUUUGGAAGAUGAAAUCUGUGUGUCCCAGCCACAACAUCAGCUGAGCAAGCCUGGGGAACUGAGACAGGAAUAUGAAGCAGAGAUUAGCAAGGUGGAGGCAGAAAGGCGAGCACAUGAACAAGAGGAGAACAAAGCAAGUGAGGAAUACAUUCAAAGGCUACUAGCAGAAGAAGAGGAGGAACAGAGAUUAGCAGAUGAAAGGAGGAAGGAAUUGGAGAAACAGCUAAAGCAAGAUGAAGAGCUGGCAUGGCAACUGAGUAACAGUCUGAAUGAAGACGCCAGAGGAAGUGGGUUCAGCAGUCCUUCACUGGCAGGCAGUUUCUCAUCUGAAACAUCUCCAGUUAAUUUGUGCAAGAUCAAGAACAAAUCAAGCAGCUCUGGAGACAUUCAGAAGUAUCUGUCUUCAAAGUGUCAUCCUAUGUUGGGAUCAGCAUCACGCGCUAGAACAACAGAAAGAGGCAGGACUGACCCUUGCUCUGUGGAAAGCAAUAGCAAUGAAAGCAGCAAUUCUGUGUGGCAAGACGAUCAAGAGGAAAUGCCAACACUGUCUCCACAGCUGACCAGUGUGAUUAAAGAUUGCAGUGCUAACGAUUCAUUUUUAGACUCAUGCAUGAGCUAUUUAAGUGCCUCAGCUUCAGUGGAAUUCACCACUGUCAAGCAGGAAAAAACAUCAGGACCAAACUGUGCAGGAGAUGAAGUUCCAAAUGCACUUUGUGAAAUGACAAAAGGGGAAGGGUCUAGAACAAUACUUCCUAGAUUCAAAGGAGAAGCAGAUGGAAUUGAGUUGGACAGUGGCAGUUUAACACAUGUAGAAAGCAUAAACCAUGAAAACUCACCUGAAAUUACUACUUACAUUCAGUCAGCAACCAAUUCCAUGGUGUCUGAUAGCAGAAGUGUAAUUCAUGGUCUCAUGAAGGUGGCUGGAAAACCAGAUGAAGAGGAAGAAGAUAAAGUAGAGAACCCCAAGGAGACUCCAAAAAGAAAGUUGGAGGAACCACCAGCUGAAGCAGUGAUUGACUUGGGCUUGCUUGAUAAGAGGAGGAGAACUUUUCUAGAAACUUCAGAGGACCAAGAGGAGCAGAUAAACGAUUUUAAUGUGCAAAUGCAGAAAGCCUUUGAGCAGGAGCUCUAUGAAAGGCGUGUGCAAGAGGAGCAGGAUAGGCUCUUGGCUCUGCAGCUACAAAGACAGAUCAACAAAGAGGAAAGGACACUUAAUCGACGGAAGGGCUCUCCAGAUGAGUACCUUCUUCGCACCAAACCACCUCAGUCUGUGAAAGACUCUCCUGCUAGAAAGGGAAGUUUUAAAGUGGCAAAGGACUCAAAGCUAUCAAAAAACCAGGCUGAAACAAAUCACCGCAAGAUUCGGAAAGGUUCUUGCAAUGAAAACUGGCAGUCCCCUACCAGAGUCCGAAUGAAAUCACCCAGCAUCAAAGGGGGAAAAGUUUUGAAUUGUGUUGUUAAUACCAGUGACUCAAAUGAUAUUUGUUCAUUACCGAAAAAUAAGCAAAAGACAAUUCUUCAGAUGUUUAAAAGAUCUGUUGCAGAGUAGAUAAACAGAACUGUGGAGGCAUGGUGAAAUGAACAAGAAUUAAAGCCAUUGUAAUGCUUUUUCUUGUGCUAGGCAAAACUUCCUGUAAAAGUUUUAAAGUUGAUGGUUUUGAGGCGGAUCGCUUUGGGCCACAAGAGCAACCAGAAUUGUGUUGUGCACUUUGAGAAGUUUUAAUAACAUAUGCCCCUAGACCUUAACAGUUUUAAUUGGUCUUUUGAUUACAGUUUAUUUUCUAGCACUGUUUUUUAUUUACAUAGUUUUGAAUGUAAAUGCUGUUUAAAAACCAAAAUAACUUAUAGUCUUAUCUUAGAAUGAGAAUUUAGAGCCUUUUAUGGGAAAGAUGCACAUCCACUGGAGGAAGCAAACAAAAAAAUAGUUCACCUCUCCAGCUGUCUGCCAGCUACAAGGUUAAGGCUUCACUCAGCACAACCACAAUUUUGUUGAACUGAAGCAAGUUACUGGAAUUUAGAUUGUUUGUUGAAUGGCAUUGUUUGCCUGGCAGUUAACGAGUAUUACUGGACAACCGGCCUUGCAGACCCACUCUCUCCCUCUCACUUUAAUACACUGUUAUCUUCAUUUUAAACAGAGGGAAGACUAGUGCAUCCUCCCACUACCAAAGGGAAGGAUCUUUCAUGGAUGACUAAUAUAAGUGGUUGUGGGCUUAUAUUUGCCUCAGUUCAUAGAGGUCGCUUCUGCAAAUCUGACAUUCAGUGUAGAUAGGAAAAACAUACUCUUGUUUUCUUAUUGCUAAUGCUCUGUAACUAUAUUGUUAUAUGAUAAUAUUACCUAUAUUUACUGCUAUCUAAUUUUCCUUCUCAACCUGGUUUGAGUUUGAUUAAAAGCGUGUAAUAUAAAAAUAAUUAGGCCAGGAGACAGUUCCAGUGGAGAAAAUAAAGCCAAAAGGGGGGGAAACAACUGAAAACAUGAGUUGCCAGUAGUGAAUUAACAAGUACAAUUAAGGAUUUAUUUAAUUCUCAGCUUUACUUUAGCUAUGGUGGCUGAGUAUAACUGUUCCCUGUUUUUUUUAGAGUCUAACAAAUACUGUCUUCCAGUUGGGUUUAAAAAGUAACAUUAUUCAAGUAAAUAAUUUAGACAUGAUGCUUGAAACUUGAUGUCUGAAAAGUUGAGGUCUGUGAAAAGUGGGUUAGCUGCACUAGCUAACUAGUUAGUCAACAGCCUAAGAGUUCCUAUUAUAUUUCUUUCUCUGUUGUUAUUAUGAAACCAACUUUUGGCCUUUGUGUUUUGUAACAAAAUACCAAUAGUUGUGGUUUUUUUUCCUUUUUGACUAAACGUUUUUGAAAGAGAGCAAAACAAUCUGUGUUGAAAUAUGUGUGUUGGUCACUGCAAGUUAGCAAAUGUUUCAAGUGUAUACUUAUUUGGACCUCAUCGAAGAUCUGUAGAUUUUUUUUAACUCAGUUCUGGGAAAUGUACAAAAAAAAUGCAAAGCAGUAACUUCUGAUAUUUUAAGUUAAAAAAAGAAAUUUUCUUGAAAGCGUGAACAGCCUGCUAAGCCAAAAAGUGUGGAUUUUUUUUCCUUGUUUGUUUUUAGUAAUUUAUAACAGAAUGGUGGGUUUCUCGUAAAUAAUUGGCCUAUUCUAAGACGCUUUUUGAGAAAGUUACGACAGGUGACCUGUUGUAAAUCAUUCACUUUUCUUCUGUUGUUGCUGCCUCAACCAUUGUGCUGGAAGCCUUUGUUCAAUAUAGAUCUGUUUCUGUGCAAUCCUUAAGUUUGUUUGGUUCGUUUUCUAUUCCACUCAUCUUACCCAGCCAGCCAAAUAGAUCAUCCAUUGAUUAAAGUGUUUCUUUAAGGCAGA